AUGACGCAGGUGAAUCCCGCGCGGAAACGGUGGAUCAAUGGCGACCCGAAAUUCCUCAAGGCCAUCGCCGAAGAGCUGACGAGUAACUUGGCGAUACAACGGCUGAGUGUCGAGGACAGAAAUCUACUCGCAUCUGUCGCUGUUCGCAACGAUGUUUGGACUCAAGUGUCACUUGAUGCGCACACGACUCGGCAGGAACCCGCGGUCGUGAGCCACCCACAGAUCACAGCCGUUCAGAGUCGACCGGUCACGCCGGCCGCCAACUCCUCACAGAAUGGGCUUUCAGACUCGACUGCCGAGACAGAAGUGGAUGAACUUACAAAACUGUUUCGCACGCGGCGGCUGAUCUACGAGACGAGUAUUGCCUCUGAUCUCUUUCAACGCCCAGUUGAUGGCUCCACGGUGCUUGUCUCUCCCUACGUGGUGGACAGCAAAGCUACAGCCUUGGAUCAACAAGAGUCAAUGACCUCGAAAGUAACGCAAACAAUUCGAGGGGGCGAUGACGACUAUGAUGAGGAAAGCGACGGAGAAUCUACUCCCCCAAAUUCACAUCCAGACUCCGCAAACGUACCAGCAACCAAUGGCGCAGCUGUCCAUCAAGCUGUACAGAAUGCAGCAGAGAAUAGAUUGCAUGAAGAAUCAAUCCUGCGGUUCGAACUCAACACACUCUACCACACACUCGAACAUGAUCGCCAUGCAAUGCUCGAACAGCACAAACUCGAUGCGUCAGACCGUCAAGUAGAAGAAGACUCGACCUCGGGUGAUCGCGAAAAGCUCUCGGCCGUCAAUUUUGGUGCCGCCAACCUCUCCCUCAAGCACUUGAUUGCCAAGAUUGACAAGUCGCGUGAGCAGUUGGCAAUGACUGACAAUGAGCUUCGCACGCUGUUGUCUGAUGUGCGCAAGAAUCGCAGUAAAUGGGCAAACGAGGAAAAAGUUGGCCAAGAAGAGUUGUAUGAAGCUGCUGAGCGUGUUGUACUGGAGCUUCGUGGUUAUACCGAGCACUCGACUGCAUUUCUCAACAAGGUCACCAAGCGAGAUGUCCCCGAUUACUACAACAUCAUCAAGCAACCCAUGGAUCUCGGCACCCUGAUGAAAAAUCUCAAAAACUUGCAAUAUAAAAGCAAAAAGGAAUUUCAAGACGACGUCUUUCUCAUUUGGCAAAACUGCUUGACGUAUAAUGCCGAUCCCAAUCAUCCAUUGCGCAAGCACGCCUAUGCCAUGCGGCGCAAAUCAGAACAGCUGCUUGGCAUGGUGCCAAACAUCACUGUUCGAGAUCGAGUCGAUGUGGAAGCGGAAGAACUUGGCCUUGGAGAUGAUGGAGAUGCAGAGUCAGAAGACGACAAGCUGCAGCCACCACCAGCCAACAAGUCGACGCGAGGCACAUUUGGAUCCAAGUCUGCAAAGGCAAAGACGGUACAAAAACCUAACGGACAUAUCGUUGCUGAAGCAGACAAGGAGGAGCGGGAUAGCGAGACUGCAGAACUCACCGAAAAGGCGGAUCAAGUACUACCUACCGAAGGCGACAAGACCGUUCCGAAUGGCUACAAUCCCGGUGACGAUCAGGAAGACAACACGGCACACAUGGCCGACGAUGCGAGUGAUGCAGGCGAGGCGGAUGAGAUUGAUAUUCCCUCACAGAUAUGGCGUACACGCACCAAGAAACUUCGCGCAGGCUACUCUGCUGCUCGGCAUCGACGAUUCAGGCAAGAUAUGCUCAGGGCAGAGGAUGCCAUCUGCAGUCCGACACCUCAAGGACUCCUUCAUGUUCCCACGGAACAGCUUGCGAGUGGCAGCUUCACGCGCGAUCUACGGCCGGCUUCUGGAAACAGCAAUAUCAGCUUGCGCUCUGAAGCUGGCCGCGAGAAUCGAGAAGAGGAGUUGCAUCUGGCUGAGUAUGAGCUCUGCAACCUUCCACCAAUUGACAUUGAUCCAGAAUAUCACGCUGAUGAGAGACCGUUGCAGGUGGUUGACACAUCAGCGUUUGAGCCACCCUCUGAUGGUCUGUAUGAUCGCCUCAAGUCUUCAACAAUGGAAAUGAAAGCGAUACGGUCCCUGUGUACAAAGUUGAGUAGUCUCAAGCUGAUGCAAGAUCCAGCCAUGGCUGCAUUCCCGGCAAGCUACUUUCGUCAACUGAUGGGAGCAGAGUCGAAGCUGAGUUUGAAAGCCCCCCUGUUGGAGCAAGAAGGCUAUGACAUACAGCCUUGUGGUGAGCCGCUCGCUCGUGCGUUACUUGAAAGACAGUGUGGUCAUCUUCUCUAUCAAGCUGGUUUCGAGGACUUUCAAGUAGAGGCACUUGGCUGCGUGACUGAAGUGGCUGCCGACUAUUUGACAAUGCUCGGCAAGAUCUUGAAGGAGUACAGCGAGUCGCAACUGCCGAAAAAGACUCCAGAAAAGAUCUUGCGCCAUGCAUUGUUUGAAGGUGGAGUGCCUGACAUGAUGGUUCUCGAAUCGUACAUCAACGACGAUGUCAAGGGCAGAGCAGACAAGUUGUCUAACUUUCACACAAGAUUGCAAGCAUUCCUCAACGACUUCAUCCACGGUACUGUCGAAGGAGCCGGCGGCUUACGACAAGAUGGCAGCAAUAUGUUCAGCGACAACAAUGGCGAUGCCUUUGUCACCGGUACAUUUGGAGAGGAGACGGGUGAAGAUUUCUUCGGCUUCAAGGAGCUUGGCCUUGAUAAGGAAUUUGGCUUAUCAUCUCUUUCUGUGCCACUGCGUUUGCUGCAAGGUCGCUUCCGAGCUGCUAUGGGCGGUACUGCUGGAGCGGACGAGGACGAAGAAGGCGCCGGUGCGGGAGUUCUUCGCUUUGAUCGCAAAUAUCCACCCUUGACGGCAGAGUACGCUGAACGGCAAAUUGGCCUCAUUCGUCCUUUCCUGAUGCUCAAACUUGAAGCACUCGAGGAAGCAGACGGAGGAAAAGUCUGCGAAGACGAGGAUCUGCCGCUACGGCAACGCAAGCCCAAACCAAGACUCGGCCCCUCUGGCAAGAUCACGAGCGCACAAAAAAGACCCCUCAAAGAACCGACGCAGGCGUCGCCCUCAAAGAAACGCAAGGGACCUUUGGCAACGGUGCAUGAUGCGAGCAAUAUGGCGAGUCCCUCGGUGACGGCUGGCUCGCCGUCGCCACCGCACUGA